CCACAAAGAAGCCUCAUGUUUCACUCACUCUGUAAUUCCCAAAGUCGAUACUCUGCCCUUUUAGAAGAAUCUUGUUGACUCUCUUUUUUCAUCCUUUCUAUCAGAGUAAUACCAAACCCUAGAAACCAAGAUCUCUCCCCUUUAUAUGUGCUGUACUCACAAGCGAGCUUAGUUGGCAUCAUUCAUGGCGGCAUCGACUUCGCUAUGGACCAUCUCUGUAACCCUCGCUCUAACCCUAAUUCCUCUGGCGGUGUACGGUAACUCCGAAGGAGACGCUCUCUACACCCUGCGUCGGAGCUUGUCGGAUCCUUAUAAUACACUCCAGAGCUGGGAUCCAACCCUUGUGAACCCCUGCACUUGGUUCCACAUCACUUGCAACCAAGAUAACCGCGUCACCCGAGUGGACUUGGGGAAUUCAAAUCUAUCUGGACAUUUAGUUCCUGAACUUGGGAAGCUAGAACACUUGCAAUAUCUAGAGCUUUACAAAAACAACAUUCAAGGAACUAUUCCCGCUGAGCUUGGUAACUUGAAGAGUCUCAUCAGCUUGGACGUGUAUAACAACAACAUCUCUGGGACUAUUCCUCCUUCGCUGGGGAAAUUGAAGUCUCUUGUGUUUCUACGGCUUAAUGACAAUCGAUUUACUGGUCCCAUCCCCAGAGCACUUGUGGGUAUUUCUAGCCUCAAAGUUGUGGAUGUCUCAAACAAUGACUUGUGUGGAACAAUUCCCACUAGUGGACCAUUUGCGCACAUCCCUUUGAACAACUUUGAGAAUAACCCUCGACUGGAAGGUCCAGAGCUACUGGGACUUGCGAGCUAUGACACUAACUGCUCAUAAUGCUUGAAGACAAGAAGUCGAUGGUCUGAAUUAUCCGUCAAUUAGAUACGUACCAUGUAUGUCGGAGGUUGUAUCACCUCAGUGUAGUGGGAUUGGUAAAAAAGGGUCCCUCAUAUAAAGUAUUUGUAAAUUUUACAGUAUUUAAUCAAUGUAUCAGCAUUUGUAACUGUAAUGUUGUGCACCCUUCAGAGUUUCUCAAGGCAUAAAUCUAUGUCGAAACUUUGUGAAGGAUACCAAAUAUGCAAAUGCUAGAUUUCUAUGUUUAUCUUGCGACUUGUUUUUGCA